GUCUCACUGAGAGCCGCCAUAUGAUGAUGGCUCGGGGGAAGCGGGACGCCGAUUGGUCGCUCUGGGCAGGGCAGCGAUUGGCAGGAGGACUCCUCGGGGCGGUCCAUUCAAAGGAAAGAGGAAGAGCAACCAGGAAGAGGCCUCGCAGCGAAGUCCCGCCUCCACUUCCGGUAUCGAAUAGAAAUGAAGCGCCCUAAUUGAUUCAUCCACGAGCGUGCUCGAAUCCAGGAGGACGGGCGAGCCCGGCGGAGGAAGGAAGGAAGGAGGCGCCGCCCGAGAGGAGAGGAGGCCCCGCGGAGCAGCCCCGGGAGGAGACGGCGGGGAAGGCCCGGCAGGGAUGAGCCGAAGGGGACUCCGGGAAAGGAGGCCGCCUGGAGGGAGAAGCGGGGAGCAGGAAACGGGCGGAGACCCCGAGACGGGCCUGGAGGGCGGAGGGUCCUUCGGGACAGGCGGAAGACUCAAGAAACGCCACAGAAUCCACGAGGUCGGAAGGAAAUAUGAAUGCCCGGAAUGUGGCAAAUCCUUCAAAACAAAAGGAAAUCUUGAAAUCCAUCUAAGAAUCCACUCAGGAGAAAAGCCAUUUAAAUGCCUGGAAUGUGGAAAGAGCUUCAGUCAGAGAGGAAACCUUUAUAAACAUCAAAGGAUCCACACUGGAGAGAAACCACAUAAAUGCCUGGAGUGUGGAAAGAGCUUCAGUCAGAGCAGCAGCCUUUAUGUACAUCAAAGGAUCCACACAGGAGAAAAACUAUAUAAAUGUCUUGAGUGUGGAAAAAGCUUCAAUCUGAGGAGCACCCUUUAUAUACAUCAAAAGAUCCACACAGCAGAAAAUCGGUAUAAAUGCCUGGAGUGUGGAAAGAGCUUCAUUCAUCUGGGAAAACUUUAUACACAUCAAAGAAUCCACACUGGAGAGAAACCAUUUAAAUGCCUGGAGUGUGGAAAGACCUUCACUCAGAACAGCACCCUUUAUGCGCAUCAAAGGAUCCACACAGGAGAAAAACCACAUAAAUGCCUGGAGUGUGGAAAGAGCUUCAGUCAGGCCGGACACCUUGAUAGACAUCAAAGAAUCCACUCAGGAGAGUCACUGCAUAAAUGCCUGCAAUGUGAAAAAUCUUUCAAAAGAAAUGACCAUUUUCAAAGACAUCUAAGAAUCCACUCAAAAGAAAAGAAAGGAGAAAAGAAAUAUCAGUGCCAGGAAUGUGAAGAAUCCUUUAAAAGAAAUGGAGAUCUUAAGAAGCAUCUAAGAAUCCACACUGGAGAGACACCAUAUGAAUGCCCGGAGUGUGGAAAGAGCUUCAGUCUGAGGGGAAACCUUUAUAAACAUCAAAGGAUCCACACUGGAGAGAAACCAUUCAAAUGCCUGGAAUGUGGAAAGAGCUUUUAUAGUAAAGGCUCUUUAGAUAGACAUAAAAAGAAUCACACUGGAGAAAAACCAUAUGAAUGCUUGGAAUGUGGAAGGAGCUUCAACAGGGCGGGAACUCUGUAUAGGCAUCAAAGCAUUCACACAGGAGAAAAACCAUAUAAAUGUCUGGAGUGUGGAAAGAGUUUUAACCAGAGAGGAAACCUUUAUAAACAUCAAAGGCUCCAUUUAGGAGAGAAACCAUAUAAAUGCCUGGAGCGUGGUCUUGUUUCUCCCCAGGAAAAAGAGAAACCGCAGAGCACAAACUGUGGCUUAUUAUCCUGUUUAGAGUUUAACAGGCCACGGAGAAAGGGAGAAAUUCUGCAGAUCUCCAGAAGGAGGACGGGCGAGCCCGGCGGAGGAAGGAAGGAAGGAAGGAGGCCCUGCGGAGCAGCCCCGGGAGGAGACGGCGGGGAAGGCCCGGAAGGGAUGAGCCGAAGGGGACUCCGGGAAAGGAGGCCGCCUGGAGGGAGAAGCGGGGAGCAGGAAACGGGCGGAGACCCCGAGACGGGCCUGGAAGACGGAGGGUCCUUCGGGACAAGCGGAAGACCCGGGAAUCCCCGGAGAAUCCAGGAGGGAGGAGAGAAAUAUCAGUGCCCGGAAUGUGGAAAAUCCUUCAAAUCAAAUGAAGUUCUUAAAAAGCAUCUAAGAAUCCACACUGGACAGAGACCGUAUGGAUGCCCGGAGUGUGAAAAGAGCUUCAGUCAGAGGGAAAACCUUUAUAAACAUCUAAAAAUCCACACAGGAGAAAAAGUGCAUAAAUGCCUGGAGUGUGGAAAGAGCUUCAGUCAGAGGGGAAGCCUUUAUGCACAUCAAAGAAUCCACACACGAGAAAAAGUGCAUAAAUGCCUGGAGUGUGGAAAGAGCUUCAGUCGGAGGGGCAGCCUUUAUAUGCAUCAAAGGAUCCACACAGGAGAAAAACUGUAUGAAUGCCCAGAAUGUGGAAAGAGGUUCAAUCUGAGCCGGACCCUUUUUACACAUCAAAGGCUCCACACAGAAGAAAAACCGCAUAAAUGCCUGGAGUGUGGAAAGUGCUUCAGUAUGAGAGGAAAUCUUUAUAGACAUGAAAGAAUCCACACAGGAGAGAAACCAUUUAAAUGCCUGGAAUGUGGAAAGACCUUCGCUCGGAACGGCGCCCUUUAUAAACAUCAAAGAAUUCACACAGGAGAAAAAACAUAUACAUGCCUGGAGUGUGGAAAUCACUUCACUCAGGCAGGACACCUUGAUAGACAUCAAAAAAUCCACUCAGGAGAAAAACCAUUUAAAUGCCUGGAGUGUGAAAAGAGUUUCAAUACUAGAGGAUGUCUCGAGAGACAUCAAAUGUUUCACACUGGUGAAAAACCGUAUGAAUGCUUGGAGUGUGGAAAGAAUUUUACUCUGGUUAAACAGCUUCGUAGACAUCAAUGGAUUCAUAGAGGAGAAAAACCGUAUAUAUGUCUGGUGUGUGGAAAGAGCUUCAGUUGGAAAUGCAGCUUUUAUAGACAUCAAAGAAUCCACUCAGGAAAAAAACCAUAUAAAUGCCUGCAGUGUGGAAAGAGCUUCACACAGAACAUCAACCUUAAUGAACAUCAAAAAAUCCACUCAGGAGAGAAACAACUGUAUAAAUGCCUGGAGUGUGGAAAGAGCUUCAGUUACAAGAGCAGUGUUUAUAGACAUCAAAUAAUCCACUCAGGGGAAAAACCAUUUAAAUGCGUGGAGUGUGGAAAGAGUUUCAAUACUAGAGGAAGUCUCAAUAGACAUCAAAGGAUUCACACGGGAGAAAAACCAUAUGAAUGCUUGGAGUGUGGAAAGAACUUUACUCUGGGUGAACAGCUCCGUAGACAUCAAAAGAUACACAAAGGAGAAAAACCAUAGAAAUGCCUGAAGUGUGGAAAGAGCUUCAAUGAGAGCUGCAGCCUUGAUAAACAUCAAAGAAUCCACUCAGAAGAAAAACCUUAUGAAUGCCUGGAGUGUGGAAAGGGCUUCAUUUGGAAGAGCAGCCUUUAUAAACAUCAAAAAAUCCACUAAAGAGAAAAACUGAAGUGGGAGGGUUUCUGGUCAACCACCUAUCAGCUGUUUCUGUUGUGCUCAGGAACUAAAUUGCCUCCAAUUUUGCUUGGAGCCAUUGCAGUUACUUUAAAAAAAAAAACACCUGCUGCUAGCCAGCUCAGGAUUCUUUAAGUAACUGCCCAGAGAGGAGAGGGGGGUAGAAUUGUUGCUUUAAAAAAAAACUUCUCACUAAUUCACCUAAGAGAACUCUUCGCUUGCAAUUGUGACAGAGCUAAAAAUGGCCGCGACUGCGGUAUAGACUGAAACCAAGUGACAUGGCUACACAGGCCUCUUUUUGGUCAUAAUUUUGAAAUUCUAUUGUAAGUAGCCUUUCUGAAUUCAUUCGUUUUUGUGAAAACUCGCUAAAUAAACGCUAGUACCUGGGGAAUUACCUGUAAAUGCCUCCAGUGUGGAAAGAGCUUUACUGAAGAUUUAAAGAUCUCCGUAAACAAAGAAUUUACACAGGAGAGAAACCCCAUGAAAGCCUGCAAUCUGGAAGGAGCUUCAACAGGGCAGGAUCUCUGUAUAGACAUCAAAGCAUUCACACAGGAGGAAAAGUAUAUAAAUGUCUGGAGCGUGGAAGGAACUUUAGUCAGAGGGCAAACCUUUACAGGCAUCAAAGACGCCAUUCAGGAGAGAAAUCAUAUAAACGCCUGGAGCGUGGAAAGAGUUUCAGUGGACAAACUAUUAUAUAUAUUAAAGACUAGAGAUUUCUCUAGGAAAGAAAUCAUAUCACUGUCUUUGUGUAGAAAGGGAUUCUGUGAGAAGGGAAUUCUUUAUAAGCAUCAAUCCACUCGGGAGAAAAAGCAUACAAAUGUCUUGAGUGUGGAAAGAGCUUUAUUGUCAGUGAACACCUCCAUCGACAUCAAAGGACUCACAUGGGAACAAAAUUCUAAAUAUGCCUGUGUGUGGAAGCUCCUUUGAUCACAGCAGUGCCACUAAAAUGACAAUAGUGCUUUACAGUGCACUCUGGUAGUUUACAAGGUAAGCAUUAUUUGCAUAUAACCCCCAAUAAUCCGGGUCCUCAUUUUUCCAUUCUUAGGAUGGAAGAUUGAGUCAAGGCUUGAGCACUGUCAGAAUCGAACAGGUUUUGGACAGUCUGCCUGCAAUACUGCACUUUUAACACUCUUUAAAAUGCAGAAGGCCUUCUCAAGGGCUAAGAAGCUACUGGAAUAUUUAUCACAGAUCUAAUUACAGCUCAAUAAGACAGUUGUGAACUCUUGCCCUUCGUUGCCAUCUCAACCUUUGUGUGUCAAUGUAAGUGUAUAUGUAUUCUCAGCCCAAACAUUCAGGAGUAAGUAAACUUAUGGACAGUACCAUUUUACUAUUCCCUUUAUUGCUACACUCUGCUUAAUGAUUGUGCUAUUCUGUGAUGCCAAAUUUGAAUACUCUCACACACUUUUCAAAGGUUAUGUAAUCUUAUGAGCACAAGUGUACUGUAUUCUCAGCUCAACCACUCAAUAUUAAGUAAACUGUAGAAUAGAACAGAACAGAAUGCAGGAGAGAAGGAAUGGAAUGGGAAUAGAAUAGAAUAUAGAAAAUGGAGUAGAUAGAAUAAGGAAUAGAAUAUGGAACAGAGAGGAGUGGAGUGGAAUGGAAAAGAAUAGAAUAGAGUAGAACAGAACAGAAUGGAACCUUGUAGGUUUUCUACUCCAGCUCCCUCCUCAAGCAGGAGAACCUAUACUAUCUCAGAUUUACUGUUCCUUUUAUUGCUACAGUCUGUUUAAUGAUUGUGCUAUUUUGUGUUGCCUAAUAGUUGAAUUUGAAUAAUCUUACUUUUCAAGGGGCAUGUAAUCUUAAGAGUACAAGUUUAUUGAAUCCCACAAACUCGAAUCACAAUUUCUUCGGACUGGUGAGCGGAAUAAUGUGGCUGUAAAACAGGUCGGCCGUACAGGUCGCCUUAAACAACUUCAGCAGUGAAGUACUAAACUACAGGUAAUCCUCGAGGUAUGACAGAUCAUUUAGCGGCACUACAGACCUCCCAAAAACCCUGUAUGACCAUGAUUCGAAGAUAAGAAUUUUACAAAAAUUCAAAACUGCAGAGACACUGAAGCAUGUCCACCUAUCCCCACCCCCCAUGCUUGCUCUGCCAGAUCCCCAAAGGCGUGGGUCUGCUUUGCACCACCCUUCCUGCCCUCACAAUGCCUUGUUUACCUUCCGGAGAUCUGCAGCCGUUUCCAAAAUUACUUCGGAAAAGGAGGAGCUAUCUUAGGGGUAGGGAAGGCCUUGGGAGGCUCAAGGCAGCCAUCCCUGAGGCACACCAUGCACAUUUAACAUCCCUGCAUUCACCUCUACAUUCUUUUAACUCUAGGGAAAGCAGAUCAAUCUCAGGCUAACCUAAUUAAUGCUAUCUCGCUUCUGUAAACCACGCUUGCGCGGGGAAAACACCAUUUACCUUAAACAAAAGGAGUCAUGUAUCUGGAUGCAAAUGAAAAGGUAAUGCCGAAGGAAGUGAUGACACGUAACUAUUGUUUAACCAUUUAAAAGGCAAUCACACCACUUCCUUGUCCCUUUGCUGUCUUGUGCUAUUGCCAUUGAGCAAAACUGUAUAAAAACGACUAUCCCCCCCCCCCCCCAGGUGUGCUGCCGUUGUGUUGGGAGGCUGAUCACCCAGCUGCUUUUCUUGGCAGAUUAAAGUUGUUUUUUCCAUUUCUGAAGCCUCCAUCUCAGUUUCUACUUUGGCUUGUGAGAGUCUCAGAUUUUUUUUAAUAAGGUUUUAUUAUUUUCUUCAGAAUUACAAUCUUUUAACACUUAGUAAACAACAUGUCUGGGUUCACAUAUUUGACAUUGCCUUCUUCAAUAUAAAUCUGGUCAUUACUACACAGUCCAGUAUUAUUCCCUGGAUCCUCUGUCCUUUCCCAUAUUUUUUCAUUUUCCCCUCAUUAAACAAUUACUAUUCUUGCUACUAUUAAUGUAUACAAAAUUAAAUAUAAACAUUUUCAUCAUAUUUUACUGUUAUACAAAUAACAUCAGUUCAUAAAUCACUCUCCUGUUUUUCAUACUCUUGUUAACAUUUAGUUUCCCAUCAAUAUCUAAAGUCUUUGUCAGUUAUGAUUUUCACAAUGUUAAUUACAUUUGAAUAACUAUCAAUUUUAUUUCCUAAUCCUCUUUUUUCUUUUUUUCUUUUAUUGAAAAUUUUAUAAACUUUUUACAAUAAAA